UGUUUCACGUUGUUCAUUAAACAUGGAUCGCAAUCUACACGCUGCAUUUUGGUCCGACUAUCCUUCACACCUAGAAAACCGUAACAUCUUGUAUGUAUUUUACAACAUUUCAAGAUGUCAGUGGAGGCUACUGAGGGGCAAACGGCUCAUAAAUGGCUGGAAUAGAGCGAAUAGAAUGUCAAACACAUGGAAACCAUGUGUUGAUGUUGAUACCGCUCCAGCCAUUACUACGUGCCCGUCCUCCCCAAUUAAGGUGCCACCAACAACCUGUGCAAGAUGUUGUACUUUUCAGUUCGGAGAAAUGGAAUGUGUCAAAAAGUCUAGUUCUACAAAUGACAUGCCACAUGACAAACUAUAAUAAUCAUAUGCUCAAAGUCCUUGCUAUAACACAUUUGAGAUCAUAUGGUAACCUACUUUACUGCAGGCCAGCAAUGUGACAGGUUGCACGCAAUAAAACUCUUGGAUUGCAAUGCAUACAAUACUAGAUUCAAAGCAAAUAGAAUUAUUCCAUUUGGAAAAGGUGACCAAGAUGAGACGGUCUGUAAAUUUAAAGUAAAACGUUCCAUAAAUUCUUAAUUGUAAAGAGUGACAAUCAAAUUUUCAAAAACUGAGACUAUGGUAGCCUACUGAUGUGAUAUUCACCAUACAUACAGUAUAUAUAUUGUGAUAUUCACCAUACGUUAUACAUUGCAAUAUAUACACGUUAUACAUUGCAAUAUUUGCCAUAUAUAUUGUCUAUGAUAUCUGUGCUGUAUGAGGGCCUACACUGGGGAUGGCACCAUUUCUUCCCUUAGUUGAUAAUUUCCAUUAUCCGUGAAACCCGUUUUGAUUUAGUGAAAGAAUGUCUAUCCAGUCGGUACAAUAUAGAACAAAAAUGUUAAUGCACUGUAGGCUACCUGUCACUGAUAAUGUUUUAGUUGCUUGCCAUUGGUACUUUCUUAACGUGGGACUAAGGCUGUGUUUACACAGCCACUCUAAGAACCCAAAUCUUAUUUUCUUUCUAUAUCUGAUCCACACACUCAGUUUUACAUGUGACUGAUAUCUGAUGUGCACAUUCACACUGAUGUAACCUCUGAAGUAGCACCAGAGAGGAAGAGGCAAAGCGAGAGGUUUCACUCUCGCCAAAAUAAACCCAAUGCGUUUCUAUGAUGUUAUUUUGGACCUAAGCUUGUUACCUGCCUUCCCGCCUUUAAGACAACGACUCCCAUUGUUAAGCUGGAGACAUAAACAGCUCAACACUAUAUACAGAUCUCUGGUAGCACACAGAUACAAUUUCCUGUCACUGAUGCUUUAAAAAAAAAAAAGGUUAUUGCAGGUCAAGUGCAACAACAAAGAGCUUCAGAGCAAAAGCAAUGAUCACAUCUGAGCAUCCAGACAGAGACUGCAUAUGGAGGAUCAGGAUUCAAAAGAUCAGAUUCCAUGUUUUUUGUUAUUGCUGUUUACACAUUAGGCAAAAGAGCAGAUAGGUAUCAGACAGUGGAGGCUGCUGAAGGAAGGACAGCUCAUAAUAAUGGCUUGAACGGAGCAAAUGGAAACCAUGUGUUUGAUGUUGUUGAUACCGUUCCACCUAUACCGCUCCGGCCAUUACCACGUGCAAGUCCUCCCCAAUUAAGGUGCCACCAAACUCUUGUGGUAUCAGAUAUGCAAAUAAUUGGCAAAAUAUCUUAAUUGGACUGCCUGUGUAAAUGAAGCCUAAGCAUCUUUACUAGCUACAUAUCUAGAUAAUUGGUUAGUCAACCACCCUGUUAAUUGGUCAAUCAAUCAGAUAAUCAAUCUAUUAAUAUCCACUGUGGACAGUCAAGCAUUACACGUCCAUACAUUUAUUUUAGUAGCUCAAGAAAUACCAUGUUAAAAAAAUAGACUGGUUUUGUAAACAUAGAGUAGACCUACCUCUGCGUUCACAGUCUCUACCAUAUACUACAGGUAACUGCCAAAAUAAAGGAAACACCAACAUAAAAUGUCUUAAUAGGGUAUUGGGCCACCACAAGCCAGAACAGCUUCAAUGCACCUUGGCAUAGAUUCUACAAGUGUCUGGAACUCUAUUGGAGGGAUGCAACACCAUUCUUCCUCAGUACAUUUUGUUCUUUGUUGAUGGAAACCGCUGUCUCAGGCACAGCUCGAGAAUCUCCCCUACACAUCGAGUGACAUCAUCCGGACGCGGAAGUUGACUGUGAAAGUGACAAUCUUCAGUUGUGUCUGGUUGUGCUGUGUGCUCCGCUUGACAAUGGAUAUUUCCCAACAAGAGAGGACAUAUGAGACAUCAAUGGCUGACAAAUCUACUCCAAGUAGUCUUGCAAGAUACCUCGAUGGUGAAUUUUGGGAAACCAAAGAUCAUAUUCGUGAAGAAAUAUCCCAAGGCGAGCCCUUUCGAACUAGCAGUUAUGGUCUCACGUUGGACCAGAAUAGAGAUUUGACAGUGGAGAGACUGGAGUAUGUCUUAACGAGGCCACUAAUGCGACAUCACCUCAAAGAUCAGAUGAAAGAGAAACAACCAGGCUUCAUAGCCAAGAGCUUGGGUAUCACGGAACUGAUAUGCUCUGCAGAUAUGUCCACUGGAGUAAAGUUGGGUGUUGUCUGUGGCUUGUUUGGUGGUGCAGUCACUAACCUUGGAAGCCCUGGUCAGAAGAAAAAAUGGUAUCUCCCAGUUACGGAUUCGGAGUUCACUGGGAUGUUUGCCAUGACAGAGAGGGGUCAUGGGAGUAACGUCCGGGGAAUCCUUACAGAGGCCUGCUACGAGCCAUCUACACAGGAGUUCAUCAUCCACACACCGUGUGAGGAUGCCCAGAAGAUGUACAUCGGAAACUCCAUGAAGGGGAAUUACGCCUCUGUGUUCGCUCAGCUCAUCAUCAAUGGAGAUUCCCAUGGUCCUCACUGUUUCAUUGUUCCAAUCCGAGACCGACAUGGAGUCAUGAAUCCUGGAGUGACAGCCAUUGACAUGAAGCACAAAGAAGGCUUACACGGGGUUGACAAUGGCAUCUUGAUAUUCGACAAUGUCAGGAUACCGAGGACGAACCUGCUCAGCAAGUUUGGCUGUGUGUCGGCAGAUGGGCUGUACUCUUCUCCUGUCCAGAACAAGAGCAAACGUUUUAACGCCAUGUUGGCUGCUCUCACCCCUACCAGGCUGGGGCUCACUGUCCAGGCCAUAGCUGCCAUGAAGUUGGGCCUCAUCAUUGCAGUGCGUUACAGCCACAGUCGGCGUCAGUUUGGGCCUAAGGACCAGCAGGAGGUGAAGAUCAUUGAGCACCAGACCCAGUACCUCAGACUGAUGCCUCACCUGGCUGCAGCUCUGGCUCUCACCUUCACCACCAGGUUUGCAGCAUGUACGAUGGACCAUGCUCUGUGCAAAGGAGAGGUUCUACAGAAUAAUAGUUCUCUCCAGGCUCUGGUUGCUGGACUCAAAGCCUAUAGUACCUGGGAGAACCUCGCUUGCCUUCAAGAGUGCCGCGAGUGCACCGGAGGCAUGGGUUUUAUGAUGGAGAACCGAAUCCCUGCUCUGAAGUGUGACUCUGAUGUCUUUGUCACAUUUGAAGGGGACAACGUCGUCAUGUUACAGGUGGUGGUAAAGGAGCUCAUGACCCAGUUCACCAGGCAGCUGGGAAACAGUGUGGUGGGCGGACUCAUCAAAACCUGGACGAGUUCAGUGUCUGACAGGGUCAGAACCAGUUUCCUUGGCUUCAAUGUAGAUACGGUGGGGGACAUGAGUUUCCUGCUGAAAGCAGUGUCCUAUAGGGAGAGGGUUCUACAGCGCAGCCUAGCAACCAGACUCUACAACAAGGUAGAGAAGAAAAGCGAGGAGUUUUUUGAUGCCUGGAACUCCUGUCUUCAUCAUGUGACCUGCCUAGCCUUAGCACACAUACACAGAGUAACUCUGGAGCAGUUUGCUCUGGCCGUUCAAGAGUGCCCAGUCGAAGAAGACCACACCUUGCUAACGAAGUUCUGCCUCCUCCAUGGCACCAGUCUGGUGUACCAGGAGAGAGCCUGGUAUCUAGAGCAUCACUACCUGACCCCCGCUACCAGCCGACAGAUACGCACCCAGAUGUUGGAGCUGUGUAGAUUGGUGAAGGAUGAGGCCCUGAAGGUGGUGUCUGACUUCAACGUUCCCUCCUGCUGCAUCCAGGCGCCAAUUGCUGGGGUGGCCAACCCCCGGGCUGAGUGGGCCUUCUACUCUGCACCGGAGCACCCCAUCAGAGCCUCCAAGUUAUGAGCCCUACUGUGCUGAUCUAGGAUCUGUCCAUAUAAUAGUGUUCAUCAUGAUCUAAAGGGCUAAACUGAUCCUAGAUCAGCACUCCUACUCUGAGACACUUUGUGGAUACGGGCCUUGCUCACUGCUUGACUCAUCCUGGUCUCAGUGAAGAGCCAUGGGCUAUGUUACAAUGUCCAUAUUAGCAUACCACUUAGAAUAAAGCAACUUAUUUGGCAUGCAUGCAUUCUAAGUGACGUAGUGUGGAUAUUAGAACAGAGCCCAUGAUAUUUUGCCUAAUCUGGACAUGGUCUGAAGACUACAGACCCAGUUGUCUAGACUAGUGUCAUUAGCCGCAGGCAUAAUACACGGGACAGUCGCAUUUUGAUUAAUUUCUAUUUAAAUCUCUUAUCAGUUCUCAAAGAAAUGUUGAAAUGCUUCAUGUUUGUUAUACUGUCAAAUCAUUGGGUUUUAUUUGAUAUGUGUGCAUUUGGGAGCUUUUGUACUUUGCUUGGUCCAAUCCAUUACAUACAGUGGAUGCCUAUGUGGCUCAGAAUAGCUUGACACAAUCAGUGUUGCUUAUUGAAAAUGUGCUAAUUUUGUUUGCACAAAAAAAAGCUUUGAAAUUAAAUGUAUUCAUGACACUAGUGAGACACAACUACAUUUUAACAACUCUAUUUGCCUUAAUAUUAAGAAAGACUAAUGUAAUGUAGCAUUUGAUACUUGUUUCCCUUACUUGCUGAGACCUAGCCUGAGACCAGACCGUAGGUGUAUGGGAGCAGACUGACUCAAUAGACAGCUAGGCUGCAAUGCUAACAGCAUGUGGUAACUUCACAAAGUGGACCAGUGAGCUAUGUGUAAUCACCCACCCAACCAAUAAAAUCCACAGCGUAUAUAGAGACACACUGACUGUGAAUCUCUCUGCCAGACACAUUCCCUCACCAACACCGGCUAGACCGUGAUGGCCAGCAGUUUGAUUCAACAACAUACAAAAAUGGAAAUUACACAAGAUAUGUUUAUAAUAUAUUUUAUUAAUAUGAGCACAGUGAGCAAAUGGUUUGUGACACAAUACAUGUGGGAAGUGUAGGCUACUUUAUAUCCUUCAAUUUUCUGAUCAGUUGUCUGCAUAACAUGUAGGCCUGUAAAUGUUGAUCGACUCUUGAUGAACAAACAUUGUUUGCUCUGUAGGUUACUCGUGCUUGCAUAUACAUUAAAACUGUUCCAUGACAAAGUGUCAUCAGUUUUGUACUGUAUCUUUGUCAUAUCUGAAAAUCAAUUGUCACUGCUCUUAAUAAAUGUACUUAAUAGGAAUAAAUGUGCUGUAUAGUG